CCUUACGUCAAGAGUUAACCGGGGUCUCAACAGAUAUAUAUGGCACUACGUUUCGCUCCACAUCAGAAGAAUUCGAUUCAUAGAACGCUCUCAAAACAGCCCAAUCACACUCUCGUGGAUACAAUGACUGACUCAUCUACAUCUGCCUGCUGUAACCUUCCUCCCGUCGAGGCAAAGUACACCAACAAAGGAGAAGAGACUCAGUUCUGUGACAUCAAGACUUACAUCACGGGUCCUAAAGACGCCAAAGAGGCCAUUUUUAUUCUCUACGAUGUCUUCGGAAUGGCCCCACAGACUCUCCAAGCUGCAGAUCUCCUCGCAUCUCAGGGGUUCAGAGUCUAUGUACCUGAUCUCUUGAUGGGAGAGUAUGUGAAGCCGGAAUGGUAUAGCGGCUCAGAAGAGGGCAAUCAGAAGCGACAAGAAUACUUUUCAAGAUUCCCAGGAUCUACAUCAUCUCAGUCUGAGCAGGUAUCAAAAGUCAUCACGGCCAUCAAGGCUGCCGGACAAGACAAGAUUGGUCUCGUCGGUCUGUGCUGGGGAUGGAAGGCCGCUGUGUUGGCCAAGGAGCUCAAUCAGGCCUCUGCACUUGCCGGCAACCACCCAUCUAUGACAGCCAAGGACGAUGUGGAAAAGAUCGACAUCCCUGUCCUUCUCCAGCCUUCGAAGAAUGAAGAUGCCGAAAUCAUGAAAGCCAUUUACGAAGGAAUGGAGAAGAAAUUGCCUGGAAAGAACAAGUUGACCGAGUUCCCCAACAGUGCUCAUGGGUGGACAGCUGCCAGGGCUGACCUCGAAAGCGAGGAAGGACGAAAGACCUACAGUGAUGCCUGGUCGGGAGUCGCGAGCUUCUUCAAGACCCAUCUCAGCAGCUAGAAAAUUCUUUGGUGAAACAGUUGAAUUAUCUGUCGGCAAUGCAUGUCGACUGAACUGACACGACACGCCCAUCGGUGGAGUGCCAUUCCGAGGC